UCGGAGCGUUAUCGAGUGAAAACAAUCGCGCAAAAGAAUCCUGGGAUGGUCCGGUUGGCCGGAAGUGGGUUUAUCGAACCAACAGCUACCGCUCGUGUAUUUCGCUAAGGCACAGAUUAUCCCGUGUGGUGGAAAAGAUUCGCUUGAAAAGACCGCGCCACGAAACGUAAACAUGGUUCCGCGUUCGCGUUCCUAGAUUGUUUACCGGAUGUUCUUCCAGCUCCAGUCCGUUCAAAACACAGUAAACUCCUUCUUCCGACCCUAGUUCCAGUGUGGUUCCCCAAUCUACCGACGCGGCCAGCAAAGGGCACACCCGCGCAUCAUGGAUCGGGUGAAGCUGUGCGACCAGAUUCUGCUGCAGAAACUGCACCUGCUGACGAACGAGGUGCUGCGGACGAACCGGGGGAUCACCGAGCGGGACAUGGAGGAAGCCUUUAAACAGUCCAUCGGUUACCGGCCGCCCCGUUUCUUCCCUCCGAACGAUGGUACGCUGGCGAUCAUGUACAGUGCGCUGUUCGUGGUGGCGCUCUUCAUCGUGACACCGUUCCUGGCAGGAUUCCUCGAGCUGGGCCUCGGUAUACGCUGCAUACUGCCAAACAAUUACCUGAUCUGGGAAGCCGUCCGGCCCGUCUCGAACUGUGACUACUGCCGGGGAAUAGAUCGGCCAAUCAUUCUGCCGAAUUUGACACGCGACGAGUUCCAACCGUACGCCUACUCCUCCCGACCGAUCAUCAUCAAGCGGGCGGUCUCGCACUGGCCGGCCGUCCGGCUGCUGAACUAUACCUUCCUGAAGGACCUCUACCUGAGGCACCCGGCCGCGCUCGAUAGCCUGCACGAGGACUGUCAGUUUUUGCACUUUAAGUCUAACUUCCAGACGCUCCGGGAUGUGUUCCGGAUGUCGGACGAGCGGGCCGAGUUUCGGGCUGGACAGCAACCGUGGUACGUUGGGUGGAGCAACUGCAAUCCGAGUGUGCUCGCUGAACUGCGGAAGCUAUACCCGAAGCCCCAUUUCCUGCCGGAUGAUGCCGAAAUGCCCAACACGGACUUUGUGUUCCUUGGUUACGAGCAGGGUGCUGUGAUGCAUAUCGAUUACAUACCGCGGCUCAUGUGGCAGGCCCAGUUGCGAGGCAACAAGAGCUGGAUCCUUGCGCCAACACCCGAGUGUGACGCAGAUUGCCGUAGUUUCAGCUUCUAUGUCGAACCCGGCGAUAUUCUGCUGGUUGAUACGCGCCUCUGGUAUCAUGGUACUUUCAUCCACUCCAAGGGCGAGUUCUCGCUCACCAUACAGUCGGAGUAUGGUUAGUGUGCUGAUACCUCCGGUGCGUGGGCUAACUAAGCAAUAUUCGUUCGUUCGUUCGUUCAUUCGUUCGUCCCUUGGCCAGUGAAAUCCAGCGAACUUCCCAAAGUUUGUGUGUAAAAAGGUGUAUCUAUCGCGUAUGUGUGUUUUUGGAGUGUGCGAGUGCAUGCCUUAGUUCAUAACUUAUUCCGUUGUUUUGUUGUUUUAGUUUACUUAUUCACACACUCUGUGAGGCUGGUCUUUUUUACACUUCUCUAUCGUGCAAAUUUGAUAUUCGUUUUAACUAGUGCCAUUUUCUUUAUAAAACUUUAUUUAUUGUGAACAUAACAUGUAACACCAAACCCCGAACCGCGGGCACAGUGUAUCGUGCAACACGGUCGCUGUGUUCUCCACUUUCGUUUCCUCCACUGGAGCGACGGUCGCGCUUUUGUACUGAUUUUUUUUGUGUGCCGUUUGAUUCUCAUGCGAAACCGUAACCGCUACCGCGCAAAAACACGUUUUCAUAGUUUUCUUAAAUCAUUAGUAUUCGCCAGUUUUGGAUCUUUCCGUAUAUUUUUUGGUUUACUCGUUCAGGGCUUGCCCAGUUGCUG